AAUAUCGUCCUCCGUGAGAAUGGGAGUUAAAGGAGCUGCGCUUCUGGUCGCGCUUCUCGUCGGAGCCUCCGUCCUCGCAGCGAUCCGAUCCUGCUCAGCCGACGCCAACACCACCACCCUCCCAAUUAAACCGAAGGCGUCCCCGCCGUCGCCGGGCGACACCAGCCGCAAGGUCGCCGCCGUCUUCCCUCUCGAAGGCAACGUCUAUCCCAGAGGGGGAUUCGACGUUCAAAUGAGCUUUGGAAAUUCGCAUAAUUUAUACUCCAUGAACAUCGACUCCGGCAGCGACGUCCCCUGGGUCCAAUGCCAGAUGCCGACUCAAGCGGUGUACCCCCAACCGGGGAGGGACAAGAUCAUCCCCUGCGAUGACCCGCGGUGUAAAGCCGUGCUCGCCUCCACAGGUUCGAAGCAGUGCAAAUCUAAGGGCCCGUGCAACUACCAAGUACAGUACCAAGACAGCUCCGCCAAGGGAGUCCUCAUUGCCGAUACCUUGACCCUGCACCUCACCAACGGCUCGACCGUCCGUCUUCUCGUUGCCUUCGGGUGCGGCCAGUGGGUCAAGGUCACGGAAACGGGGGCACUCACAGAUGGCAUCCUGGGGAUCGGCUUUGGGGAGAUCAGCAUCGUGUCCCAGCUGAGUAGCCAGGGGUUGUUCGGAAAAAUUACGGGGCACUGUCUUAAUAGUAAUGGGGGAGGCUUUUUGUUCCUAGGGGAUAAUGGCCGGCUCCCCAGUGGGAUCACCUGGGUGCCCAUGAUUCCAAGCGACCACUAUUCGCCGGGGCCGGCGAGUCUCUUCUGGGAUAACCAGCCUCUAGGGUCCCAACUCAUCACAGUGUGGCUGGACAGUGGAACCACCUUUACCUACUUUGGACUCCAUCCAUACAAUAGUUUAAUCUCUACGCUGAAUGGCUAUGUAUCUACCCAGCCGCUAAAGAGGGCAUACGAUGACCCCUCGCUGCCUUAUUGCUGGAGAGGCCCACAGAAGUUCAGGACUAUUGCUGAUGCUCAGCGCUACUUCAAGAUUUUGGAGUUGAGAUUUGCUAAUGGGGCAGCACCCAUGAAGCUACCUCCAGUGAAUUAUCUGAUCAUUUCGAGUAAAGGCAAUGCAUGCCUGGGUAUUCUCAAUGGCACACAAGUCGGACUGAAACCUGAUGAAAAUGUAAUUGGAGACAUAUCGUUGCUCGACCUCAUGCUUAUUUAUGACAAUGACAAGAAGCGGAUCGGAUGGGCCAGCACAAACUUCUGCAGGGUUUGAAAAUAGAACGAAGACAGGAGCAUCCAUUGACUCCGACUCGAUGUUUACAUAUAUUCGUACUGAAUUUAGAAUGA